UGCGCAUGCGCCCCUCUCAAAACCUAGUAUGGGCGACUCGGAGGACGAGUUCCGCCAGCAACAGCAGCAGCGAUGCCGGCAGGCGGGGAAGGGCUUGGCUCCCCCCGCGGAAGGGAAGCGGAAGCGUGGCGGCUCUUCCCGGGACGCUUCCUCCAAGCGGCGCCGGAGGGCGAAAGGCGGAGAGGAGGAGGAGGCGGAUCUUCAGCUCGCACUGGCACUUUCGCGCUCCCUCCGCCCGGAAGAAGAGGAGGCGGCGGACCGGAAGCAGCGCCCCCUGGAGGCGGAGGCCAGGAAGCGCAGGAAGAAGGGCGCUUCCGGAGCAGGGAGGGGCCACUGCCGGAAGGCCCCCUGCUCUCCGCCUCCACUGCUGCUGCCGCAGGACCCGACCAAGACCCUACAGGAGACGGAGGCCCGUGUAGCUUUGCUGCUGCUGCGCCCCGAGGCAGCGCCGCCACCCCGCACCCCUCCGCUGCCCUCCAGCCGCCUCUGGGAGGCCCAGCAGUCUGGGGAAGGGGCCCCGUGGCCCCUGGGGGCCUGGUGGGGACUCAGUGCCUUGACGGGAGGCUCCCUCCCAGAACAGGACUGCUGUGCUACAGGCCCCAUUUUCCAGGUGCUGUUGUUAACGGAGCAGGGGUCUGAGCCGGAGCCUACAGGGAAGGAUUGCAUUUCACCAGAACCCAAGCCUCCCCAGGCAUGCGAUCCAAGCAGGGAAGUGGCCGGCAGCCAGGAGGGGCCCCUGCGGGACUUGGAGGACCUGGCUGGAGAGGGCCUGACCCUCACCCAGUGGGGCCUGGAUGCCCAGCGGGGGCCAGGGCAAGAACAAGAGGCACCAGGGGAUGCCCCUCAGGAGACGUCCAUCCACUUGCAAGAAGAAGAGGGGAAGGUCAACUCAUUAGCCACUGCCUUUGGGGCCAUGGUCAACAAUCCCCACCUGAGUGACGUCCAAUUCCAGGUGGACAGCGGGGAGGUCGUCUAUGCCCACAUGUUUGUGCUUUAUGCCCGGUGCCCAGAGCUUUUGGAACUUGUGGACUGUACAGGGUUUGCCGUGGCUGAAGACGGAGGUGCGGAGACCCGCCGCCUACUGUUGAGUGACGUUCCGGCAGAGGCUGUGACUAUCUUCCUGCGGUUCCUCUAUGCAGCUGACCCCCGGGUCCCGCUCCACCUGCAGUCCCACGUGGGAGCCCUGGCUGCCAGGUUCGGAGUGCAGGAUCUGGUCGCUCUGUGCAGACGUUGCCACGGCUCCCGGGUGGCUGGAGGGGAAGAAGGCAGCCUUGGGAAUCCUGGAGGCGGUGAUGAUGGAGAUGAUGAUGAUGUUGAAGGGGAGGACAGGGCUGAGACCUUUGAGGGGCUCCUGGAGUCAAUGUGGCUGGAAGAAGAGGAAGAGGAAGAGGCCUUUCUGAACCUGGCAGCCCAAGAGGGGAGCAGCACCAAAACCGUGGACGAAGAAGAACUGGAAGAGAUCUACCAGUUUGCUGCCACCCAACGCGCCUCUUCUUCCCGAGGCAGGAGGAAGGAAGGGGAGGGGGAGGAGGAAGCCCAGGGCAAGGACCACCGAGGGGGAAGGUGGCCAGGCCCCUCUGUUGGUUGCCCUCCCUCCAGAGAGGUACUGGAGCCCCCUACUCUGCCUCACCCCUCAGAUACUCUCCGGCCAAUGGAGAAAGUGCCUGUUGCGGAUGCUCCCUUGGGGCCAAAUGGGCCGCUGAGGGGGCCUGUUAUGGCACUUCGCAGCCCCGCUGCACCUGUGUCCGCCUCCUUGCCAGGCCCAACCAGGAGGGGAUCCCCUUCCUCCUCCUCCUUUUCCUCUUCUUCCUCUCCUAAGGUGCCCCGCAGUCAUCAGGGGGAAGCCGUCUUUGGUGCAAGGCCUCUGUCUGGGAGUCUGGACCCAAUUGUGGUGCUGGAUUCAGAUGAAGAGCCAGAGCGUGGGCCUUCUCAGGACAGAGACAUUGCUGGGGAAGACUUGGUAGUCUUGGGGCUCCUUGGUCCCCCAAGUGACAGCCAAGAGCGGCUGCGGCUGAGCACCAGCGACGAGGAGGGCAGCAGCAAAGGUGGGAGGACGCUUGUGCCGGACACCCCUCUGCCCAGGAAGCCCGGCCAGGCGAGUGAUCCUGAUGUCAGUGCCAGUCAUGGGCCUGAGACUUGGGCAGGUCCCGUGUCGCCAGGGACACCGUCUCCGAAGAUCCUGUCUCCCACUUCCUGCGGGCCUCUGCCCUCGUCGCCCCCUUUGCCUGGCAGCCCUCCUUGCUUCCAGGAUGAAGUGGUGGUUGUGGAUGACAGUGAGGAGGAAGGUGAAGAUGGGGGCAGCCCUUUCGCCAGUACAGGAGGGUCAGUGGCUGGAGGAUGCAGGAAACGAGGCUGUGGGGACUCUGACAGCAGCGACCCUUUCCCUCUCACCCAGAGGUCCCCGUCACCAUCGCCUGCCGGUAAGAAGCCCUGUCUUUCCUCUGAGGACCGUGGAGAGUGUGAGGGCCCUUCUGAGAGCCUCUUCGAUGGGUGGGGGGGAUCAAGGCGCCUGUGUCCGAUUUCUUCUUCUCCAGACAUCUCCUUUCAGCGUGAGGAGAGGGUGCCGCUUCUGCCACCCCUGACCCCAGUCACCCCGAUGCCCUCCUACUCAGCCAUGGCGACCCCAGAGCUGAAAACGGAACUGAAGAGGUUUGGGGUCCGGGCUCUUCCCAAACGCCAGAUGGUCCUUAAGCUGAAGGAGAUCUUCCAGUUCACGCACCCAGUGAAGAGCGUGAGCGCUGCCUCCCCAGUGGCUCCGCUGCACUGUCCAGCUGGGGCCAUCCAGGAGAGCCAGAGGCCAGCCCUGCAUGGCUUGCAGAGGGGGCUGCCCGUGGGGCCUCUCCUUGGAAGCAACAGUGAUGACAGAGACCGCUCCUCCUCUCCCCCAGCUUCCCAGGCGUCUACUGGUUCCUCUGUGGCCGCCUCCAACAGUUCUUCUUCGGCAGAGUUUGAGACCACCUGGCUGGAAGAAGAGGAGGAGGAGGCAGCGGCGUUGAUACCGGCCUCUCAAGUUCUCACCCGUGAGGAGUCCAAUCUGGAGGCCUUCCGACGCCACAUCCGCUCCUCGCCAGCCCUUUGCCGUCGGAUCCUGCUCUACCAACCCAUUGAGCUGGCUACGCUGCAGGCAGAGCUGAAGCAGAGCGGGGUCAGGAUCGCAGCAGGGAAGCUGCUAGACCUCCUGGAUGCCCACGGCAUCACCUUCACUACGGCUGAGGCGCGGAGGGAGGUCCGCGAGAAGAGAGGACUGGCAGGGAGGUGCCGGAAGCGGAGGUGAUCAGCAUCAUAGGACGGCCAGGAUAGGGCCCUCCUGUGGACCAAUGUCACUCUAUAUAACUAUUUAUUAAAAUGCCCUAUAUGUCAAUGUCCCUGUAUUAUUAUUCUCUAUUAGAUAGCUCUAUGUCCCAGUGUCACUAUAUUACUAAACUGCCCUAUGUGCCAUCGUUCCUAUUUGCAGUUAUCCUAUAUUAUAACAUCCUAUGUGGCAAUGUCACUAAAAUAUUCUUUAUUAGAAA